AUGCAAAUUACUCAAACUUAAUUAUUAGAAUGGGUAAAAGAUGGAAAUAAAGCUACUUUGAAAAAACAUUUCGAAGACCAGUUAUUAUUUUCAUAAUAAAAAUUGCAGGCAUUUUUUUCUAUGGUUGAUGAUUAAAACAGAAAUGUCGUACAUUGGGCUGCUUAUUUAGGAUAAUAUAAAUUGUUAAAGUGGUGGUGUAAGAAAUAUAAAUUGAUGAUUGACUUAAAUAAAGGGGAUAUGCAUUCUUACACUCCCUUAGAAUUAGCAAGCAUCAAAGGGUAUCCUAUAUUACAAAUUAUUCUAAAGGUAUUCUGGUGAAUAUAAUCCAGAGAAAUAAGAAAAGACAAUAUAGUUGUUACUUGAUCAUGGUGCUUAAAUUCCAUAAUCAAAUACAUCUAAGCCAAAUCCUUUACAUUGGGCUUUUUAUUAUGGAAACAAAGAAUUAGUAGAUUUUCUAAUCUCAAAAAAUUUUUAACUUUAAUUAGAAACAGAUCAAUAAGGCAAUUAUCCUAUAGAUUAUUUGUUUUUAGAGAAUAGACCUGAUUAAUAUAAGUAUAAAUAACUAUAUUAAUUAAUAGAAAAGAAGUUCGUGAAAUAUUUGAGAAUACAAUUAUCAAUUAUGCUUAAGUAACAACAAAACAAACAUUGAAUAGAAAACCAAAGAGAAAGAAACAUAGAUAAGCUACAAUAAUAACUAGUUAAUAACCAUUUAUUUAAACAUAAAUAAAAGAGGAUGAAUCAACUCCAGAAUCUGAACCUUCUAAAAAUGGAAUACCAUAUUCUAAUAUAUCUAAUUAUCAUAGAAGUUAAACUUCAAACUCAUUCAUCUCCAAAAAUACUAUGCCUAAAAGUAAUCAAAAACAGACUCCUAGUUAAUAAAUAUUAAUUAAAUUUCAAUAAAGAAGUUGUUGUCAAAAAAUAUAAUCUAAAAAUAUUGAUGAAAUUGCUGAUAUUCCUUUAUAUGAUGAUUCUCGAAUUGAAAUGAAAGAACCAGAAGAAGAAAAAAUACCAGAAAUUAAAAUAUUCAAUUAAAAAAAUACAGAGACCAAUUAAGAAAAUUAAUUUUAAGCUGAUUAAUGUAAUAUCAUUAUAUCUUAACCUCCUCCUUUAUUAUUAAAUUAAGAAUCUACUUCACCUUAAAAAAAUUUACAUCCAAAAAAACAUUAGAAAAGUAAUAAAUUUAAUGUUAAUGAUUUGGAGAAAUAAGCUUUGAAAGAAAAGGAAAAGUUUACAAUAUAUCAUAGUAAAGCAAAUCUAACUAAAAAUGAAAUAUAUGAAUGUAGAUUAUAGUAUUGGUCUGCCAGUCAAGGCAAUACUGAAUUUUUUAUUUAUUUCUUAAAAAGGAGAUGCAAUCCUUUUCUUAAUGUCUAUUAAGGUUUCAAUUGUCUUCAUGUUGCAGCCUUUAAAGGAAAACUUAAAAUAUUAAAAAUUAUUUUAGAAAAUGAUUAUGAAUAUUAUGAUUAUUCUGGAGAUGGUAAUCAUAAAAAUAAAAAAUAAUUAAAAGAUUAAAUUUUUGAUAAGGUAUAUAUUAUUAAUAAUACAAUUUAGAAAUAAUGUAUAAAUAUAUUAACAGAUUAAAAUCCAUCAAAUGCUUUACAUUUGGCUAUUGAAUAAGAAAAGUAUGGUUGUAUGAAAACCUUAAUCUUACAUGGAGUAUCAGUAGACACUGUUAAUAGUAGAUGUCUUAAACCAUUUGAAUUAACUUUCAAUCAAAAUUUUAUGAAGUUUUAUAAAGACAAUAUUCAAGUCAAAUAAUAAAUAAGUAGUUUAACUGAAUUGGGAUAUUAAUAUGUAAUUCAAACAAAGGGUACUUUGAGUGUAGAUAAAGAUAUUGUUUAUUUGCAAUUACAAAAUAUAAGACAAACUUUUACAGAGAGAGGAUGGAGUUUCGAAUUUCUUAUAUUUCAUGCUCCAGAUCUUGAUAAAUUAGAAUUGUAUGAUGAUAAUACAAAGACAAAUAAAGUAAAAUCAGUAUAUCAUUAUUAUGUCUUAAAAUUGCCACCUGAUUCUAUUUAUUAAUUGGCACAUCUAUAUUAGAUAUCAUGUUAUAAUUUUAAAACAAAAGUAAGUUACAUCUUUUAUUGUAGCAUAUAUGUUAAUUUCAUUAUGAUAAGAGAGGCUUUUUUGAAUUUCCAAAAGAUCUUUAGGUAUAAAUGUUAAUAUUAAAUACUCUUAAUGAUGAAUUUGAUGUUGAUAAAUUUGUCUUAGAGAAAUUAAUAAUCUCACAUUAUCCUUUAGAAGAUAUUCAAAAGUGUGAAAAGAUUACCUAAUUUUGGGAUGAAUAAUAAAAUAAUUGUAUUAGGGAUUCGAUUCGAUAUGAAACAUAAUAAAUUGCUUUAAGACCAUUACAUGCUAUUGCCUCAUAUUUUGGUCCAGUUGUUGCAUGGUACAUAGCCUUAAAUGUACAAAUUAUAGGUUGGCUCAUGAUACCAUCAGUCUUUGGAGCAGCUUUGGGAAUCUACAUUAUAAUAACAAAGGAAGUAAAGUAUGAAUAAUAAAGAAAUAUAUUAGUUCUUCAAUUGUUCCUUUUUAUGCAUUACUAAUGACAUUAUGGUCUACAUUAUUUAUGGAGAAAUGGAAAAACCGAGAAUCUGAAUUGAAAUUUUGUUGGGAUAUGCAUAAAUUUAGAUAAACUCAACCUUAAAGAGUUAUGUAUACAGGUCAGUAUAUUAUAAAUGAGGCUACUAAUAAGAUAUAGAUAUAUGAUUAUUUUACUACUUUUAAAAGAAGAUUAAUAGCUGAAGGACCUGUAAUUUUGAUUGGAAUAGCAAUUAUUGUUUUAAGUUUUUAUGCAUUUAAUCUUUGGUUAUAAGUAUGGAAAGGUAAUACAAUAAUGCCAAUAGUAAUAAAUUCUUUAAAUGGAGUAUCAAUGACAGUGUUUUGUGAUUUAUACAAAAGAUUGUGUACAUCUUUAGUAACAUGGGAAAAUCAUAUGUAUGAGUCUGAACAAGAGUAUUCAUAUAUAUUGAAAGUAUUCUUAUUUGAAUUUUUAAUAUCUUAUGUAUCAGUGGUUUAUGUAGCUAUAUUUGAGAAUGAUGCAUCAUAAUUGAGUGUAUCAGUAGCAAGUAUAAUUAUAACAAGAGGAGUGAUUUCUAAUGUAAAGAGUAAUUUUUUGCCAUAUUUUUUAUUUAAAUAAGAAAAGAGAAUAUUAUCAGAGAAAUUUUCAUAAUUUAAGAGAAUAUUUACAACAAAAUUGGCAGAAAAGAAGUAAGUACCUAAUAUAUGUAAUUAAAAAUUCAGUACUGAUCAAGUGAAUUCAGAAAUAUAAUUAUCAUUUCUUUAAGAAUUAGAAAUUGGUCGAAUUAAAUAACCAUAAAAGGUUUUAUAUGAUGAAUACACAAGUAUUGCAAUAUAAUUUGGAUAUACAACUAUGUUUGCACCUACUUUUCCAGCUGCUCCAUUAUUUUUUAUGAUCAAUUGUUACAUAAAUUUAAGAUGGUCAAUCUAUAAUUAUCAACAUAUUUUAAAGAGAGAAAGAGCCUAAGCUGCAGAUUCAAUUGGAAUUUGGUUGUAAAUUUUUGAAAUAAUGAAUUAUUGUGCUACUUUUAUGAAUUGCAUAGUAAUUGGAACUGUGAAUAAGGAAUAAUUCAAAGGAAUAAUAGGAAAUCAAGAUGCCCUUGUUAGUGCAUUCUUCCUUGCUGCAAUAGAACAUAUCUUAUUACUUAUUAAAUAUAUACUUGAUGUUUCAAUUCCUGACUGUCCUUAUUGGGUAGAGAAGGAACUUAGAAGGUAUGCAUACUUAGAAGAAAAAUACUUGAAAAAUAACAAUUGA